UCUUCAGGUUCUCGGUCUCGGUCUCGGUCUCGUUCUAAAUCCACUUCAUCUUUUUCUUCUCGAUCCCGGAGCUCAAGUUCUCGUAGCCGAAGCCCUCCCUCUAGACGAAAAAGACUUAGUUGCAUCUGAUUGUGUGGCCAAAAGAUUUCACUUUGGACCUUUGGUGCGGUAGUUGUUUGAUGGCACAUGGUUAGACUGUCGGAAGGUCAACAUGAAUGAUACAUGGGAAUUUGUGUCAGUCAUCCUGAAGGAGUUAUGCAGUGUCCUGUUCUUUUGGCACCGUGUGAUCUGCGAUGCAUUAUCUGAUGCAUCUUUGACACAAUGCUGUUUUCUACUUCCAGUACCACAGGACCAGCAAGACGAGGUCGCUCUCCACCAGCUAAAAGAGAUUCACCACGCCCAAGUUCUUCCAGGAAAAAGUCUCCUGUUCCCGAAUCUGUUGUCCUUCACAUUGAUCAGCUUACAAGGAAUGUAAAUGAAGGCCAUAUGAAAGAAAUAUUUAGUAACUUUGGAGAAGUAGUUAGUGUGGAGUUGACAAUGGAUCGUAGUGUUAAUCUUCCUCGGGGGUUUGGUUAUGUUGAGUUCAAGACGAGAGCCGAAGCAGAGAAGGCGCUUUUUUACAUGGACGGUGCCCAGAUUGAUGGAAGUGUCAUUAAAGCAAAAUUCACUUUGCCUCAACGCCAGAAGGUUUCAUCACCUCAAAAGGCUGUUACAACUGGUCCCAAAAGAGAAGCUUUGGGCAAGGACGAUAUUGGUGCUCCUGUUGAGAAGGAUGGGCACCAAAGGAAAAAAGAUGCUUCUCCUCUUCAAAAGCCUCUUUCACCAUUGCGAAGAAAAUCCCCUGUAGCUCUUCGAAGAGGUGAAUCUCCUCGACCACGAACAGGUUCUCCUCGGCGAGGAGGAAGUCCUCCAAGGAGGAGGCAGCUAUCUCCAGCUAGACGACGUUCUAGGUCCCCAGCUCCUCGACGCCAAAGAUCACCUUUACGGAUGCGUGGAAGUCCUAUGCGAAGACGUUCUCCUUUUCCAAUGAGACGCCGCUCUCCUCCUAGACGACUUCGUAGUCCCUUAAGAAGGUAUCGUAGACAUAGCCGCUCUCCUAUUCGCAGACCUGCACGUUCACACUCAAGAUCCGUCUCUCCUCGCAGGGGUCGAAACCUAGCACAAAGACGUGGGAGGUCCUCAUCAUCCUCUGAUUCGCCUAGUCCUCGCAAGGUCUCUACCAUGGGUGCAAGGAAGCUUUCUAGGAGUCGUAGUCCAAGAAGGGGGGGAUGAGGAAGGAGCACUAGCAACAGCAGUUCCCCUUCCCCUAAACCCAAACCUUAAGGAGAUUCGUUUACGUGCUUAGGUAGCAAGUUCUCUUCAAGGGAAACUCUUAAACCUCCAAACAUUACAUUUUGAGCGUAAUCAGACACUAAAGAGAAACUCCUUUCAUACUCUGUUCUAUAUCCUUAACGAUUACAAAACACCCUUUUUGUAAGGUUUCACUCUUCUGCUGUUUUGCAAGUCACAUUAACUACUACACUGUUAUUAUGACAUUCUCUAAUGUACAUAGCGAUUCGAAUAUUAGAACGUAAUAUUCCUUCCCUCCUAAAAUCUACCUUGUCCUCAAGGUUUUAAAGUGAACAAUCAUUCUGAUAUCUAAAUUUUUCUUUUUUUUACUUGAUAAUUGCAUUACCGAAAAUAAAUUUGCUCUGGUUAGAUGUUACAAGUUUUGUUGUCAUCAAUCAAAUGAUUUGGUCCGCUUCAUCAUGCAAUAAUCAUGUUGUCAAUU